UAGUCGCAGCGUUAAUUAUUAUUUUCUAAUCAAACGACGGAGCGCUGUGUACGUUUGGGCUGGGCGCACGCACAAUCAUAACAGAGAGUACGAAGUAAUAUAAGAAUAGUGCAUUCACUAAGUAAAACAAAACAAAUCACACUACAUUUUGUUCACGUUGACGACGCCUGAGCCGCGGGGUUGGCCAAACAAAUUGUCCCGCUGGCUGCACCAAUAAAAGUGUAGAUUAACUGUGAACAAUUUCAGUGAAACAUUUUUAAAUAAUUCAGUAUAAAUGUGUUUUUAAAGCGUGGCUUGGUGAUUCUCAAUAGUACAAACGCCAAAAUGAGGCAACCAACUCUAAAACAGGCAACAAUUUCAAUUGGUUGCUGCUUUUUGCUGCUGUGCAGCAACAGCGUGGGAAUCGCAUUCGCAGAUUCCUUCUCCGAUUAUUUCUCCGACUAUGAGUGCAAUCAGCCACUGCUGGAGCGUGCGGUUCUAACAGCAACAUCAUCUCUAACUGAACGUGGCCCAGAAAAGGCACGUUUAAACGGUAACGCUGCUUGGACACCCGUCGAGAAUACCUAUAAUCACUUUCUAACAUUCGAUCUGGGCGGGGCACACAUGGUCCGCAAGAUCGCGACCAUGGGACGCAUGCACACAGAUGAGUUUGUCACGGAAUAUAUUGUUCAAUAUUCGGAUGAUGGUGAAUACUGGCGCUCGUAUGUGAAUCCCACGAGCGAGCCGCAGAUGUUCAAGGGCAACACGGAUGGCAACUCCAUACACUACAAUGUCUUCGAGGUGCCCAUCAUAGCACAGUGGGUGCGCAUCAAUCCCACACGCUGGCAUGAUCGCAUCUCAAUGCGUGUCGAGCUCUAUGGCUGUGAAUACAUCUCUGAGAACCUUUACUUCAAUGGCACUGGACUGGUGCGCUAUGAUCUGCGCCGUGACCCCAUCGCCUCGUCACAGGAGUCCAUACGCUUCCGCUUCAAGACGGCCUAUGCGAAUGGUGUCAUGAUGUACUCGCGUGGCACUCAGGGCGAUUAUUAUGCGCUGCAGCUGAAGGACAAUAAGAUGGUGCUGAAUCUUGAUCUGGGCUCAGGCAUCAUGACCUCCCUCUCUGUGGGCAGUCUGCUAGACGACAAUGUGUGGCACGAUGUUGUCAUUUCUCGCAAUCGACGGGACAUCAUCUUCUCGGUGGAUCGUGUCAUCGUGCGUGGUCGCAUUCAAGGCGAGUUCAGCCGCCUCAAUCUUAAUCGAGAGUUGUACUUGGGCGGCGUGCCCAACGUCCAGGAAGGUCUCAUAGUCCAACAGAACUUCUCGGGUUGCUUGGAGAACCUCUAUUUGAACUCGACCAAUUUUAUAAGAACCAUGAAGGAAAGCUAUGAGCUGGGAGAGGCGUAUCUGUAUAACAAGGUCAACACAAUCUAUGCCUGCCCCUCGCCGCCCAUUUAUCCCGUUACGUUCACGACUCGCGGCUCGUAUGUUCGACUGAAGGGCUAUGAGAACUCGCAGCGCCUGAAUGUUUCGUUCUACUUCCGCACGUACGAGGAGAGCGGAGUGAUGCUACAUCACGACUUUUACUCUGGCGGCUACAUCAAAGUCUUUCUGGAAUUUGGCAAGGUUAAGAUUGAUCUCAAGGCCAAGGACAAGCCUCGCAUCAUCCUGGACAACUACGACGAGCAGUUCAACGAUGGCAAAUGGCAUUCGUUUGUGCUAUCCAUUGAGCGCAAUCGCCUGAUCCUCAACAUCGAUCAACGCCCGAUGACAACGACCAAGAAUCUGCAGAUAGCCACUGGACGCUUGUAUUACAUAGCUGGCGGCAAGGAGAAGAAUGGCUUUGUGGGCUGCAUGCGGCUCAUCUCUGUGGAUGGCAACUACAAGCUGCCUCAGGACUGGGUGCAGGGCGAGGAGGUUUGCUGUGGCGAUGAGGUGGUUGUCGAUGCCUGUCAAAUGAUUGAUCGCUGCAACCCGAAUCCCUGCCAGCACAAGGGCAUCUGCCACCAGAACAGCAUGGAGUUCUUCUGCGAUUGCUCACAAACUGGAUAUGCGGGCGCCGUUUGCCAUACCUCCAACAAUCCAUUGUCCUGCCAGGCUUUGAAGAAUGUGCAACAUGUGCAGCAGCGCGUCAACCUGAAUAUCGAUGUCGAUGGCAGCGGUCCUCUAGAGCCCUUCCCCGUUACCUGCGAGUUCUAUUCCGAUGGUCGCGUUAUUACCACACUGAGUCACAGUCAGGAGCAUACGACCACUGUUGAUGGCUUCCAGGAGCCUGGCUCCUUUGCGCAGUCCAUCAUGUACGAUGCCAAUCAGCUGCAAAUCGAAGCACUUCUCAAUCGCUCGCACAGCUGCUGGCAGCGUCUGAGCUACUCCUGUCGUUCCUCGCGUCUCUUCAACUCGCCUUCUGAACCUGGUAACUUCCGUCCCUUCUCCUGGUGGAUCUCACGUAACAAUCAGCCCAUGGAUUACUGGGCUGGCGCUCUGCCCGGUUCACGCAAGUGCGAGUGCGGCAUUUUGGGCAAAUGUCACGAUCCAACCAAGUGGUGCAACUGCGAUUCGAAUAGCUUGGAGUGGAUGGAGGAUGGCGGCGAUAUCCGGGAAAAGGAACAUCUUCCUGUGCGUGCGGUUAAGUUUGGAGACACUGGCACACCGCUGGAUGAGAAGCAUGGCCGCUACACACUGGGCCCCAUGCGCUGUGAGGGCGACGAUCUGUUCAGCAAUGUUGUUACAUUCCGCAUAGCCGAUGCUUCCAUUAAUUUGCCGCCCUUCGAUAUGGGUCAUUCGGGCGACAUUUACCUGGAAUUCCGUACCACACAGGAGAACGCAGUGCUAUUCCAUGCCACUGGCCCCACCGACUACAUCAAGCUAAGCCUGAUUGGCGGCAACAAGUUGCAAUUCCAGUAUCAAGCAGGUAGCGGUCCACUGGGCGUCAACGUAGGCACCAGCUACCAUCUGAACGACAACAACUGGCACACGGUGAGCGUGGAGCGCAACAGAAAGGAAGCUCGUCUAGUUGUUGAUGGCUCCAUAAAGGCCGAAGUGCGCGAGCCACCAGGCCCCGUGCGUGCUCUUCACCUGACCUCGGACCUGGUGAUUGGCUCCACAACUGAGUAUCGUGAUGGCUACGUGGGCUGCAUACGUGCGCUCCUACUCAAUGGCAAGAUGGUUGACUUGAAGCAGUACUCGAUGCGCGGUCUCUAUGGCAUUAGCACUGGCUGCGUGGGUCGCUGUGAAUCCAGUCCGUGCCUCAACAACGGCACCUGCAUUGAGCGCUACGAUGGCUACAGCUGUGAUUGCCGCUGGAGUGCAUUCAAGGGACCCAUUUGCGCAGAUGAGAUUGGCGUCAAUUUGCGUUCCAGUUCCAUUAUUCGCUACGAGUUCGAGGGCUCGUUCCGUUCCACAAUUGCUGAGAACAUUCGUGUGGGUUUCACAACCACCAUACCCAAGGGAUUCUUGCUCGGCUUCUCUUCGAAUUUGACUGGCGAAUAUCUGACUAUACAAAUUUCCAAUUCCGGUCAUUUGCGUUGCGUCUUUGACUUUGGCUUUGAACGUCAGGAAAUCAUAUUCCCCAAGAAGCAUUUCGGCUUGGGUCAGUAUCAUGACGUGCGCUUUAUGCGUAGGAACAGUGGCUCGACGGUGGUGCUGCAUGUGGAUAACUACGAGCCCGUGGAGUAUCACUUCGAUAUCAAGGAGUCAGCGGAUGCACAGUUCAAUAACAUUCAGUACAUGUACAUUGGCAAAAACACUUCCAUGACCGACGGAUUUGUUGGCUGCGUAUCGCGUGUGCAGUUCGAUGAUAUUUAUCCACUGAAACUGAUGUUCCAGCAGAAUCCGCCCAAUAACGUCAAAUCGCUUGGCACUCAAUUAACUGAAGACUUUUGCGGCGUCGAGCCGGUGACGCAUCCGCCCAUUGAAAUUGAGACCAGACCGCCACCGCUGGUGGAUGAGGAGAAGUUGCGCAAGGCUUACAAUGAAGUGAACGCUGUGCUGCUGGCAUUCCUGCUCGUCAUCCUCUUCCUAUUGCUGCUCUUGAUGUUCUUCCUUAUUGGUCGCUAUUUGCAUCGGCACAAGGGCGAUUAUCUGACGCACGAGGAUCAGGGCGCCGAUGGUGCCGAUGAUCCGGAUGAUGCUGUACUGCACUCAACCACUGGCCAUCAGGUCAGAAAGCGUACAGAGAUUUUCAUCUAACAACAGACAGUGAAGCAGUAAUCUCUGAAAAUCAAUCGCCUUAAA